AUGUCAGCGGACCCUCCCCGGUUGAAGAACCCCCCUCCUCCUGAAGUGACCAAUCCUGACAAGCCGGGCCGGAGGACCAACCAGCUGCAGUACCUGAAGAACGUGGUGUUGAAGUCUCUGUUUCGCCACCAGUCCUCCUGGCCGUUCCAUAAGCCCGUGGAUGUGGUCGAUCUCAACCUGCCUGACUACCAUGAGACCAUAACCUCUCCGAUGGAUAUGGGAACCAUCAAGAAGCGGCUGGAGAACAACUACUACUACAGUUCCAGCGAGUGCAUGCGGGACUUCAACACCAUGUUCACAAACUGCUACACAUACAACGAGCCCACCGACGACAUUGUGCUGAUGAUGCACUCCUUGGAGAGGGCCUACCAGGAAAAAAUUGACAUGAUGCCUCUUCUGGAAGUGGAGGUUGCUCAUCAUCACGCAGACAGUGUAAUGCAAGGAGGCGCCUGCGGAGGGGGGGAGUCGUCGCAGGGCGCUCAGCGGAGCGCUCUGAGCCCGCAGCUCCAGCACUGCAGAGACAUCCUGAACGAGAUGUUCACCGAGAAGCACCUGUCCUACGCCUGGCCGUUCUACAGACCCGUGGACACCAAGGCCCUCGAGCUGCACAACUACCACAAGAUCAUCACGACGCCCAUGGACCUGAGGACCGUCAGAACAAAGAUGGAGCGAGGAGAAUACCCGGACGCUCAGGCAUUCGCUGAAGAUAUGAGGCUGAUCUUCUCUAACUGCUACAGAUACAACUCACCAGAGAAUGAGGUUUUCACAUUCGCCAAAAAACUUGAGGAAGUGUUUCAGGACAGGUUUAGAGAGAUUCCGGAGGAGGCCUCGACGUCCGCAGGCCUCAAGAGCGAGGAAGAAUCCUCAGAGGAGGGGUCAUACAAGUUCUAUGAUGAGCAGGAAGAGUCCGAGAGUGAGACCAGAACUGAAACAGACAAAGUAGAGAUGAGCGACUCAUCCACUUCGGUCAGACAACCUCAGAAGCUCGAGCCCAGUUCUGAGGAUGACUGUCAGCCCCUGCCGGUCCCGGAGAGGCACCAGCUCGGCCUGGACAUCAGCCGGCUGCUGGGGACGGAGCUGGGCCAGGUGGUGGACAUCAUCCAGACCCGGGAGCCCUCCAUGUUCAGCAGCUCCACCGCCGAGGUGGACAUCGAAUUCUUGAAGCUGAAGCCGUCCACCCUGCGUGAGCUGCAGCGGUUCGUCAGGUCCUGCCUGCACAGGAGAUGUGCUGCUGAAGUUUCUAAAUCCCCCCUGGACCAUCUACCAUAUCUGCUGCUGCUGCUGCCUCCACCUCAGCAACAUAGUCCACCUGGGGUGCAGCAGAAUCAAGGCUUCAUUUGGUGCUUCCACCUCAGAAUCAAGCGCUCCUCCUGGUACCUCCACCACAGAGUCAAGCGCUCCUCCUGGUGCCUCCACCUGAGCUACACCUUCAUGAGAAGAGGCUGGCAGAACUUUACCCCAACAUGUGGGCUCCACUGA